CUUCUACUACUUUUUGGUGCGCGCGUGACUUUCACUUGACGCCUUUGCACUCGUGCCUCCAUGGCUUCUCCUUCUUUUACAGAAGCAGCACGUGCAGUCACAACUGCCGACAUGAACCCGCUAUUUAUGCCGAACUUGGUUCGACCCAACCGGCCUUUGAGAGAACCCGCAUCGAGGCCCGGGACUCCAUCUCCAUUAAGGUUUCCCCCUCCUCACAUCCCCGAUGCCGCACAUGUAGACUCUGCAGCAAAGUCCAUUGGAGUUGGCCUUCCUAAACCAGCCAACAUAAAUGACACUACAUCUCAUGGAUUGGUCCCGCCUGCACUGACGGUACACUUUUGCCAUUUUUGUGGCCAAAAAGGGAAUUUUCGGUGCAAACGCUGCAAGAAAACCUCCUACUGCUCCGCGGAUUGUCAGACCAAAGACUGGAAGGCCCACCGGCAUGUGUGCAAGAGUUUUGAGCCAGAGACUGCAGGAGAAAGCCUAAAAGAAAAUCCAGUUUUGCAGUCAACAGCAAAUUCAGCUAAUAUCAAGGAGCCUCAGGACUCGCUCAACAUUAAGAGAGUCUAUUUGAAAGACCUGAAUACCACUAAAUACAUGAAAGGAGCAGAAAUGCAGGGUGUUGUUGUUGAGUUCCACAGUCCUGGAAGGUUCUUCAUUCAUCCUGAAGACCCCAUGAUGGCAGAAGCUCUAAUGAGCAUCACAGUGGAACUCCAAAAAACCCCCAACGUCUCCACAGGGACACCUUACGUACCGUGUGUCGGAGAAGUUUGCUCAGUCCAGUUCUCCUGCGAUUUGAGUUGGUACCGAGGUCUCAUUCAGACUUUGGCUGCAGAUCAAAAGGCGGCUCAUGUUCUCUACAUCGAUUAUGGAAAUGAGGAAAAUGUCCCGGUGGAGAGGAUCAAACCUCUGAGUGUCGACGCUAAACCCUUCUGCCCCUGUGCGAUGGAGUGUCAGAUUGCCGGUGUUGUGCCAGUAGCUGACAGUUGGUCCAGUGAGUGCUGCAUGGCUGCGAGACAACUGCUGAGCGGCAAAGUCCUGACCAUCAAGCUGGUGGACACUCUGAAGAACGGCUAUGUUCAUUCUGUGGACAUCCAGCUUUCUGCAGGGAAGCAGCUGAGCACAUUCCUCCUCGAGCAGGAAUAUGCUCUUGCAGAAGCUGACGGUUCUGCACCAGCAGAGAAAGACAAAGGUGCUCUACUGAAAGCAUCAGUGGAGAACUUCCAGCGAUGCUCUGAUGGGAAAGACAACAAUGAUUGGGCUCAGCUGCCAGAGCCGCUCACACAGGCUGUUGGAGACCGCUUCUCUGUGGUGGUCAGCCAUUUCCAGUCCCCCAACGACUUCAUUGUGCAAAAGGUGGAAAACGGCGGAGUGAUCCAGGACCUGCAGCUGAAGCUGAGGGAGCACUGCUCUCGGGUGGAAACCCCGCAGAACUUCAGACCAGCUCCUGGAACCGUUUGUUGCGCUCAGUUCUCAGAGGACAAGCAGUGGUACCGAGCACAAGUUCUGGCUUAUUCCUCUGAGAAAAGCGUCUGUGUUGGAUACCUCGACUUUGGUAAUUCUGAGGAGGUGGACUUGAACCGCUUGAGACCCAUCAGCCCCGCUCUGCUGGCUUUUCCUAUGCAGGCAAUUCCCUGUAGCCUUGGAGGAGUCCAGCCUGUUGGGGACAGCUGGUCAGAGGAAUGCAUCUCCGCUUUACUGCGGAUAAUAUCAAACAAAAUGGUGCACAUCGAGAUCCAGAGUGCGCUUAAGGGAAAGGCGCUGGUGAAGAUUAUCGAAGGAGAAGGCGACUCUCAAAUCAACGUGGCUGAACUGUUGAUUUCUGUAAACUACGCCAUUCCUGUUGAGUCCGGCACUCCUCAACAGACGAAGGAGACGACGGCUUCUGCAGAACCGCCCGCCUCUCCUCCUGUGAGUGAUCCUCUGGUUUGGUCUUGUGCUGAGCUUCCCUCUGACGGCCAGACGGUGGCGCUGCUCGCCAGUGUUGUGAAGAGCCCUGCAGAGUUUUACUGCUGUGUCAACAAUAGCAAUGAUUAUCAGGAGCUGGUGGAGCUUGGAGUUCAGCUGAAGCAGCAUUGUGAGUCUAACUCCUCGUCCUUCACGCCGACGGUCGGAGAGCCCUGCUGCGUCCAGUUUACAGGUGAUGGGAAAUGGUACCGAGCCAUGGUGAAGGAGCUGUUUGGAGAUGUGGUGAACGUCAACCUGGUGGACUUUGGUCAGAACAUGACGGUAAACAGUGGCUGCAUUCGCUCCAUUACACCCAAACUCCUGAAACUUCCUUUUCAAGCCGUUCGCUGCUGGCUCACAGGUGUGGAGCCCUCAGGAUCCGAGUGGAAGAGUGAAGCCCUGACCUGGUUCCAGAACCUGGUGGACGGCGUGCAGCUUUUAGCUCGAGUCGUCUCCGUGUCCGAGCAGGGAUACGGCGUGGAGCUGGAGAGCGGAGGACAGAGCGUAGCAGUCGCUCUAGUCGCUCAGGGUUUUGCCAAAAACUCUGGAGACUCUUUGAACGAUCCAGUAACGAGCUCCAACACCAAACCAGAGGAUUUAGGGGAGGAGAAGCAGAACCAGACGGGUCCCCAACCAAAUGAUGAGACACGAGACGUUUGUGAGGAAACAAAAAGUGAAGAGGAGUCACAAAAACCUUCAGAGGUUGCAGCUUUCUCUGUGGACUGGAAGACGUCUCAACUACCUCUGAACGAGACCUUUCAGCCGUGCGUCGCCGCCGUCAUCAAUCCCUCCCUGUUCUACCUGCUUCAUCCCAUCCAAGUGGAUCCACAGAAUCUUCAGGAGGUGAUGUUGGAGCUGGCUCUUCACUGCAACACCGAUCAGAACUCUGUGACCAGCAGACCGGUUCCUGGAGCCGCCUGCUGUGCCCGAUUCUCCGUGGAUGAUAACUGGUACCGUGCAGUCAUCCUGGAAGUUGGUGAAGCUGAGAUGAGCGUUAUCUACGCCGACUACGGGAACUCUGAAAAAGUUCCGGUCUCCAGAAUCUUGCCGAUCCCCACGCAUCUGUUAGAGCUUCCCUUUCAGAUCACUCGCUGCGCUCUCACUGGAAGUGAGCAUUUUCCAGCAGAAUGGCCUCCUCAAGUGCAGCAGAUGUUUCACACUGAACUGUCCAACGACGUCACGGCCACCGUCCAGUCCUUCGACGGCUCCGCGAACGUGCUCUCCGUGUCGCUGUCCUCUGAGAGGGGCGGGUGGAACCUUGCUGCCAUGAUCCAGGAGAUGCUGCACGUCAAUAGAACGAGCCGUCCUCUUCCAGACGCCGCUCAGGGAGGGGAGCAGCCAUGCAGCGGGGUGAGCCAUGCAGCAGAACCGGACCGCAUCCCAUCGACACCCCAAAACGAGCUGGAAGAGUCCCCCGAGCCCGUGAACGCUGAUGGAUGCAUGGAAACCCGGGAGUCGGCACCGCGUAAGGAGAAGGAAAUGGAUCUGGAUACACCUGUGCAUGGAGAUCCAGUUGAGGAAGUGGAGCAGAGGAAGUCGUCUACUGAAGAUGAAGCCGGCGCCGGCGAUCUCCAGAGCUCCGGCUGCUGCUGUCAGAGCCUGAAGAAGCAGAUGGACAGACUGGAGGAGAUGAUUCAGCUGCUGUUAAGUCUUCAGGCAAAGGAAUGAGAAGAGUAAACAAAAACAUUUGUUCCAGCGGUUAUACUUUUUCUCUCCAUUAUUUUAAUUUCCCCUCCUGUCUUUUUAUUUUUGUAAUAACUGGGAUUUUGUGUAUUUAAGAUGUUGGUACUGAGCAUGUUCAGCCUCAGUUCUCCUGCAGAUUUUCACUGUUCUGAAACUUAUUUUUUUAGUCAUUUCUUCUCAGGUGGGACUUCCAGUCAGUUUGUAAAUGUUUGGGUUCAAUAUUAAAAAAAGAAUGUGUGAAAAAA